AUGAGUAAAUCGUUAGAAGAACGCCUCCAAACUCAUUCAUCUGCAUUUAACGGAUUGUUAUCCCUUAUACCAGCCAAAUAUUAUUAUGAUGACGCUACUCAAGAUCAAUGGCAGCAGCAAAAGAAGUCCAAGAAGGAGAUCCAAGACAACAAGAGAGCUAAGUUAGACCCUAGCUCUAAAGAUGAAGCCGAUGACUAUACGAAUAGCCACGCCAGUGCCAAGGACGUCAUGAGUAACAAAGCAAAGAAUGCCAAGAGAGUAAAUUUACCGACUGCUAAUAAGUUCCAGCAGCAGAAGGCUGCUGUGAGCGAAGCACAGGGCGCUGUAGUGGAAGAUGGUGAAGAAGAUGUCGAGAUCCCAGACAUGGAUGUAAGCGAUGGAUCUGACUCCGAAAAAAACGAAUCUGACGAUAACCUUAUGCCGGAGAAGACUCUGUUGAUAUUUGAUGAUGAAGGAAAUGAAGUUGACGCAAAGGCCGAUGCUGUAGCCUCGUCUGGCGCAGCUAGCUCCGAAACUCAGAAGCAAAAGAAAUCUAAAGUUUCUCCAGAGGAACAAAAGAAAAGACAAGAAAACCUUGCCAAAUUGAGAGCCAAGCUCUCGGAUAAGAUCAAUAAUAUGAAGGAAAAGAGAAAGGCACCAGGCUCUAAAAGCUCGGGAGUGGUACCUAAGUCUAGAGAACAGAUUUUAGCCGAUCGUAAGAAGAAAGAAGAAUUGAAGAGAUUGGAGAAAUUGAAGAGAAAGAGCGAAGCUAUUGAAGAUGACGAAUCAUCUGAAGAUGAAGACGACGAAGAUGAAGUGGACCAAGACCAAGAUGAAUCUAGCAGUGUACCUUCUGACGUUUUGUUUGGAAACAUUGUGUUUGGAGAUGGUUCAAGGGUUACUUCAGAUUUAACCAAACUUCGUGCCACAGCAGACAAAAGAAAAUUGAAGGGACCAGCCAACAAUGAUCUCAAGGCUCAUUUGAAGAAAUUGGAAGCAAAGAAAGCCAGACUUUUAGAGCUUACCCCUGAAGAGCAAACUAAGCAAAAGGAUAAGGAUCAGUGGAACAGAGUCAUGGCACAAGCUGAAGGUAUUAAGGUGAAAGAUGAUGAAAAGUUGUUGAGAAAGGCCCUCAAAAGAAAGGAAAAGCAAAAGUUGAAGAGUGAAAUAGAAUGGAGAGAGAGAAAGCAAGUGGUCAAAGACACUGUGGCUGCUCGUGCGAAGAGAAGAGAGGAGAAUUUGAAGUCUAGAAGAGAAAACAAGGGUAAGAAGAGCAAAAACCAGCCAAAGUUGAAGAAGUUUACUGGAUCCGUCAAUAAAUCCGCUCCAAAGAAGAAGAGAGCAGGGUUUGAAGGAAGUGCUAAGAGUCAAAAGAAGAAUAGCAAGUAA